UGAACAAGGCCAAAAGCCCAAGAAGAUAAUUCUCUUGUCUUGCUCAAGUGUCUCUUAUCCUUCCAAGAAACUGUAGAACACCCUUUUUAAGGCUCAAACCGUUUCUAGAAUUUCAAUUAAUUAAAUAAAUAAAUACAAACUGUUUAAUUCUGUCUGUCUGAAAUAAUGGGAUGUUCUUUCAAACCAUUACCUGCAAAUGCAUUUUCCAACCAAUCACUGCCCACUACAUUUAACAAGAAACCUUCUAAUUCCAUGUUGAAUGCAAAACCUGUUGCCAAAGAACUCUAUUUCAACCAUGAUGGUUCUACCACCAUUAAACUUCUGGCAGGAGUGAACAAGGUGGCAGACCUAAUUGGGGUGACAAUGGGUCCAAAGGGAAGAAAUGUGGUCUUGCAGAACAAAUAUGGACCUCCCAAAAUAGUCAACGAUGGCGAAACUGUUCUCAAACAGAUUGAGCUGGAUGACCCGUUGGAGAAUGUUGGAGUGAAAUUGGUUAGGCAAGCUGGUGCUAAAACAAAUGAUCUUGCUGGCGACGGUUGCACCACGUCUAUAGUUCUUGCCCGUGGCCUUAUCACCGAGGGUGUAAAGGUCAUUUCAGCUGGUUUGAACCCGAUUCAGGUCUCGCGAGGGAUUGAUAAAACCGCUGCAGCUCUUGUUUCUGAGCUCAAACUCAUGUCCAGAGAGGUUGAGGACCAUGAGCUGGCGGAUGUUGCUGCGGUUAGCGCUGGAAACGAUUAUAUUAUCGGAAAUAUGAUUUCCGAAGCUAUCCGACAAGUGGGGAGGAGGGGUUUUGUCACGAUCGAGAAAGGGAAUUACGCCGAAAGUAAUCUUGAAAUAGUCAAAGGAAUGAAGUUCGAUCGAGGGUUCUUGUCUCAGUAUUUCGUCACCGAUCGAAAGAAGAUGAUAGUUGAGUUUCAUGACUGCAAAUUAUUACUAGUGGACAAGAAAAUCACGGAUCCGAGGGAUUUUCUGAAGAUAUUGGACAACGCGGUGAAAGAACAGUACCCGGUAGUUAUAAUAGCCGAAGGGAUCGAAGAAGAAGCACUCGCUCCGGUAAUUAGGAACAAACUCAGAGGAGUGCUUAAAGCAGCCGCCGUUAAAGCACCCUCGUUCGGCGAACGCAAGAGCCACUAUUUGGACGAUAUUGCUGUCUUGACCGGAGGAACUGUGAUCAGGGAAGAAAUGGGGUACACUCUCGAAAAUGCACACAAAGAUAUGUUGGGGUCCGCUUCGAAAGUCGUGAUAACUAAAGAUUCAACGUUGAUUGUGACGGAUGGAAGCAAUGACGAGGCUGUUAAGGAGAGAGUUUCUCAGAUUCAAGGGCUUGUUGAGAAUACAGAAGAAAAAUUUCAAAAGAAUAUAUUGAACGAAAGAGUAGCCAGGUUAUUGGGCGGUGUAGCGAUUCUUCAGGUGGGAGCGCAAACAGUUGUCGAGUUAAAGGAUAAACAAUUAAAAGUAGAAGAUGCACUAAAUGCUACAAAGGCGGCAAUCGAAGAAGGAGUAGUAGUUGGUGGGGGGUGUUGCCUACUACGGCUUUCGACGAAGAUUGCUAGUAUCAGAGAAAAUUUGGACAAUGAAGAACAAAAAAUCGGAGCCGACAUUUUGAAACGAGCUUUGUCUUAUCCUGCAAGACAGAUUGCAAAGAAUGCCGGUGUCAAUGGGAGCACUGUUAUUCAGAAGAUUCUAUUAUCGGACGACGUAAACUAUGGGUAUAAUGCUGCAAAAGACAUAUACGAGGAUUUAAUGGCUGCUGGAAUAAUCGACCCUACAAAGGUUGUGAGAUGUUGUUUGGAGCAUGCAGCGUCGGUAGCGAAGACGUUUUUGACAGCCGAUGCAGUUGUUGUCGAAAUUAAGGAACCGGUUAAAGCGAGACCGAAUUUGAUGGGAGAGAGAAAACCAAUGCCAACCUCUGGUAUCGGACCACCACGUGGCCUACUAUAGUCGAUGAACGAACGGAUAAAUCUAUCGUACGUAAUCCCACGAAACGGCUUAAUUCACUCUCUCAUGCAAAAGGAGGGCAAGAAACACAAAAGAGAACUUAUCAGCAUUUUUGCAGCAUAGUGUAAUUUAGACUGCUUAAAUAUAUAUGUGUAUGAAUCAUAUAAUACAUGUAAUUUCGAGCAAUCUUUUUAGUGUGUUACCUUAAUAAAAUAAGUAAAUGAGGAAGCUGUUAGAUUGCUUGUCAUUUAUGAAGCAUGAAGAAGUGCAAUAAGCAUCAACUUGCAAUGAAUCAUGGGAUGCACAUACCAAGGAGACUGAAAAUGACAUAUAUACCCCUAAGAUAGGGUUUUUGUAGCUUCCCUAGUAAAGAGCAUAUGUCAAAUAAUUAGGGGUCGAAAUUGGAAUAAAAUUUUGGAUUUUCCCUAUUUUGAACAAUGUUUUUCAUUAUGAUU